AUGACGUCGUCUCCGCACAUAUCGUCGCAGACAACGCCAUCUCCCUCGAGGACACAGGUGGUGCAGCUGCUGCAACCGGUGACGUGCUUUGGGCGUCGAGAGGGGUUAGACAACGUUGUCACUCCUUGGGAAUUUUGUCUGGACAGCGUCAGGAGCUCAACUCCACCAAGCCAGCCAAAAACUACAAGUUCAACGAUGACAUCGGUGUCGAGGGUGUCUCAAGUGACAACAAUCACGACAGAGGCUGUGAUUUGUCAUUCCGCAGCUGCCAAGGAUAAGGAGAUCCUUGCAGCUAUGCCUACCGUGGUUCCUGAAGUGACCAUUUGGGUCAAAGAUGGACAACUGGAGGCAAGCAUCAGUGGCAAGACAGCCAUGAAGUUUUUGAUUGUGGCUUGCGGAGGAUCUGGGGUCGUCUCGAUCCUGGUGUUUUUGGCCUGGAUGGCUCAGCAGUUCUACUUGAAAAAACAAGAGGGGGAUCAAGGGGUAGCAGAGGCAGAAUUGCCUCCCAUAAAUUUUGAUGAGAUCGAAGAAGAUGUAGAUGCUUUCGUGAUCCUUCUGCUUUCCCUUGUGGUGAUGGGUACUUGGAGUACCUGUGUCCUUGAGGGAGAUGGCGUUGUCUGCGACGAUAUGUGCGGAGACGACGUCAUCAUGGCGUUGGACUAUGGUCGUUGCGUCAUUUUUAAUGGCAAGGACUUGUUCUUGGAUUGUGUUCGUCUGCGGCGGUUGAAGAUGGUGCAGCUGCUGCAACCGGUGAUGUGCUUUGGGCGUCGAGAGGGGUUAGACAACGUUGUUACUCCUUGGGAAUUUUGUCUGGACAGCGUCAGGAGCUCAACUCCACCAAUGACCAUUCGGGUCAAAGAUGGACAACUGGAGGCGAGCAUCAGUGGCGAGACAGCCAUGAAGUUUUUGAUUGUGGCUUGUGGAGGAUCUGGGGUCAUCUCGAUCCUGGUGUUUUUGGCCUGGAUGGCUCGACAGUUCUACUUGAAAAAACAAGAGGGGGAUCAAGGGGUAGCAGAGGCAGAAUUGCCUCCCAUAAAUUUUGAUGAGAUCGAAGAAGAUGUGGUGCAGCUGCUGCAACCGGUGACGUGCUUUGGGCGUCGAGAGGGGUUAGACAAUGUUGUCACUCCUUGGGAAUUUUGUCUGGACAGCGUCAGGAGCUCAACUCCACCAACCACAAGUUCAACGAUGACAUCAGUGUCGAGGGUGUCUCAAGUGACAACAAUCACGACAGAGGCUGUGAUUCGUCAUUCCGCAGCUGCCAAGGAUAAGGAGAUCCUUGCAGCUAUGCCUACCGUGGUCCCUGAAGUGACCAUUCGGGUCAAGGAUGGACAACUGGAGGCAAGCAUCAGUGGCGAGACAGCCAUGAAAUUUCUGAUUGUGGCUUGCGGAGGAUCUGGGGUCAUCUUGAUCCUGGUGUUUUUGGCCUGGAUGGCUCGACAGUUCUACUUAAAGAAACAAGAGGGGGAUCAAGGGGUAGCAGAGGCAGAAUUGCCUCCCAUAAAUUUUGAUGAGAUUGAAGAAGAUGUAGAUGCUUUCGUUCAAAAUUUUGAGAGCAUGACCAGUACAUCUUUUGGAGAGGUAGGAAGAAUUUUGAAGGAAUGGACUGUAGUCAUCGUCGCAUUGUCGGCUGCUUGA